AUGCUGGAAGAACGACCAACACCUGCAUUUCCAGCUCAAGCAGUACCUCCAAGCGAAAUCUUCGGCGAACGAUCGUCGUUCACAGAACUCGUCCGCAUCGUGGCACUGCUGCUUCGAUUUCGGCACAACUCGCAAAAAUGCAAUCGGUCGUCCAGGAACACUGGACCCCUGACGCUCGAGGAGCAGGAACAGGCAACUAUCGCUCUAGUUCGCUUGUCCCAGCAGGAAUGCUAUCCGCAGGAGCUAAAAGAAUUGGCCAAAAGGGGAGCUGUCCAAGAUUCGUCCAAUAUCGCUUCGCUGCAUCCACAACUUUGUGACGGCGUGAUGCGCGUCGGCGGCCGGCUCUCUAAGGCAUCGAUAUCGUCCGAUCGCAAGCAUCCCUAUAUUCUACACCACAAGCACCCUCUCGCAACGAUGAUCGUACGGCACUUCCACUACAAGCUCUUUCACGCCGGUCAGCAGUUGCUGAUUUCGGCGGUCCGCGGGAAGUUCUGGCCAGUUCACAUCCACAGUUUGGCCAGGAAGGUGAUUCACGGAUGCAUCCCGUGCUUUCGCAGCAAGCCCAAGGUUUUGGACCAGUUGAUGGCUGAUCUUCCGUCAGCGAGAGUCAACCCUGCACCACCGUUCAUGAACGUCGGCGUGGACUACUGCGGUCCAUUCCAAGUCAACUACCCCAAUCGUCGAGCGAGUCCAGUGAAGUGCUACGUAGCGAUUUUUGUCUGCCUAGUAGUGAAGGCCGUCCAUCUGGAGCUGGUGAUGGACCUAACAACCCAAGCGUUCCUAGCAGCGCUAAAACGGUUCGCAGCUCGUCGUGGCAAGCCCCAUUUGAUAAUGUGCGAUAACGCAACGACCUUCGUCGGAGCGAAACGGGAGCUAACCGAGCUGCAUCGACUGUUCCACGACCAGAAGUUCCAAGAGAUACUCAUCAAGGACACCAGUUCCGAUGGCAUCGAGUUCCGAUUCAUCCCUCCCCGUACGCCAAACUUCGGUGGUCUCUGGGAGGCGCAAGUCAAGUCAUUCAAAGGACACUUCAAGAAGGCUGUUGGAACAAAGGUUUUGAAGGUGGACGAAAUGUUGACUGCACUGGCGCAGAUCGAAGCGGUCCUCAACUCACGUCCACUAACCCCAAUCAGCAGUGAUCCCAGCGAUUUCGAGGCUCUAACACCAGGGCACUUCCUGGUUCAGCGACCACUAACUGCCAUCCCGGAGCCUAAUUUGCAGGAUCUUCCCACCAAUCGCCUGUCGAAGUGGGAGACUGCUCAGCAGGUGUCACAGCAGGUCUGGAGCAGGUGGUCUACACAAUACCUCUCGGAUCUCCACAACCGCACCAAGUGGACCAAACAGCGGAACAAUAUUCGUAUCGGCACGAUGGUCCUACUCAAGGACGAGAACGCCCCUCCUCUGAAGUGGCACUUAGGCAGGGUCGUCAAGGUCUUCGAAGGGUCGGACGGCAACAUUCGUGUCGUCACGGUCCGCACUAAAGACGGAUGCUUCGAUCGAGGAAUCUCGAAGCACCACAGCGUUCGCUACCGUCACUCAUCCGGAGGAAUCCAUGGUAACCCCUUCAACAGUCGUCGUCAACCGUUUGGCAGUGAGCUUGGCCAGCUCGCAUUGCCGAUCAGCGAAUCGAUGGCACGAAGUUACGAAGUCAAAGAAGAGUGGUCAUCCGACCGCAGAAGCACCUACGCCCGGCAGAGACUACCACCCAGGUUUACACUCUACGGAGGAUCCUCAGGCGCCGUUCUUGCCUGGGAAAUCACCAACCAAACCAUCACCAUACGCACCACCACUACGAAGUACCGCAAGCAGCAAAGAAGGAAGCCAGCCAUCAACCGAUGGAGUGGCGCAAGGUCGUGCCAGACGAUGACCCCGACCGAUCCAAAAGGAAGCACCGUGAAGCAGCCCAUUGACGUCAAUCCGAAGUCCCCGAAUCAAGUCAAGCCACCGUAG